AUGGUUGAUAUUUCUUCUAUUAAUAAUUUUUUUCUAAGUAAUUGGAAUGAUGGUAUUAAAAACGGAACAGAUUCUACUACAGAUUCUAACAGUUAUUUCAUUCUAACAAAUUCUUAUAAAAGUUCUAUAAUUGUUUUGACUAUGCUGUUGGCACGUCUGGCAGAAUCGAACUAG